AUGUCACUCUCCCUCGCAGUCAACUGCGGCUCGUCCUCGAUCAAGUUCAAGGUGUUCGCAGCUUCGGAGCGCGUCAUCCUCUCCGGUUCGGCCAAGGACGUCCAAGGCGACAGUCCGCCCUCGUUCUCGUUCAGGCACUACAAGGACAGCGACGAUUCAGGGAAGGGGAACCCGUUCGAGAAGAAACUUGAUGAGGCGACUUCGUACGAGGCGACUUUCGAAGCGAUUCUGAGCGAAGUCACACGUGUCCUCGCGGAGGGGGAGGGGGAGGGGCCAUCAUCAGACUCCAAGUCGAACAAGAGCGAAGGGAACAAGAUUGGUGUGAUCGCGCAUCGCAUCGUGCAUGGAGGAACAGCUACCGAACCGAUCGUCGUUCGUCACGGAUCUAAGGAGGAACAAGCGACGCUCGAUCGCAUGGACGCCGUGUCAAGCUUCGCACCUCUUCAUGUGGGGCGCUAGAGACUGAACCGCGAUCCGGGUCCCACGGCGGGCAAAGCGAACUGACGAUUUCCAUCACUUCCCCAUCAGAAUCAUCAUGCAAUGUUGAUCGUCAAGACAUGCCUCGAAAAACUCCCCUCGGCCACCUCGGUGCUCUGCUUCGACACGCUCUUCCACACGUCGAUCCCGGACUACCGCACCCGCUACGCCAUCUCCGAACCCAAGCACAAGACCCCCGUACCUCUCAAACGUUACGGCUUCCACGGUCUGAGUUACGCUAACAUCGUCGAUCAAAUGAGUGAAGCGCUCGACAAGCCUGUCCAGAAGCUCAACAUCGUCGUUGCUCAUCUCGGAAGUGGAGCGAGUUGUUGCUUGAUCCAAGGCGGCAAGAGUCAGGAUACGACUAUGGGAUUGACCCCGCUCGAAGGUUGGUACUUUGAGCUCAAUCGUCAUGUCCCCCAAAUUUUGGAGCUGAUACGUACCUCCCACACACAGGCUUACCCGGUGGCACUCGUGCCGGUUCCCUCGACCCGUCCCUCAUCUUCCACCACACUCCAGACUGCUCCAACACGGUCCAAUGGUCCGGCCGCGACAUCUCCAAAGCCGAAUACGUCCUCAACAAAGACUCGGGCUUCAAGGCCUUGACGGGGACGUCGAAUUUCGGUCUCAUCAUUUCGCGGGCAUUCCCAUCGGACGUUGAAGCUUCCGGUGGCAAGAGUUCCGGUGAUGAGGAGGAGCAAAAGAGGGCCAGAUUGACGUACGACCUCUACCUCGAUCGAUUGUUGGGCUUCCUCAGUUCCUACAUCGUCACCUCGCUCGCUUCCUCCGAGGGUAUGGACGCACUCGUAUUUUCGGGUGGGAUAGGAGAGCAUUCGGCGAGGUUGCGCGCCGACGUGUUGCGCCAUUUCGAGUGGAUCGAGAAGCUUGGCAACACCAGAGGGGGAGUGGAUCGGGAAAGGAAUGAAAAGGAGCAAGGCAGGAGGAAGUUGACACUAGAAGGGAGCAAAAUUGAGGCCUGGGUCGUCGAGACGAAUGAAGAAGUCGAGUGUGUCAGAUUGGCAAAGCGUGCCAAUGAAGCCGAGUAG